UGAACUCUUAGUGCUCUUUUAAAAGUGCUCCUCUUUUGUGUACCCACUAUGAUUGCGCCUUUUAUAAAAGAGCAACCAUUUAGUAGAUUGUAGAAAAGUGAAAAGUUGUAUUUCCACCGUCCGCUGUCAAUCAAAGUGAUUGUUUGCUUCUUUAAAUUUUGGUAUAAAUAUAACUUCUAAUUGCAUUUAGAAUAACAGAUAACUCCGAAGCGAGUACUAGUUGAUACAUCAGCUAGCAGCGUUUUUGAAUUUUGUUAAACAAAAAAUAAAGUAUUUUUUUUUCAACAUGAAAUUAUUUGUGGUAUUUUCUGCUUUUUUGGCAGUUACCUCUGCUAGUCAAGUAAUUUUGACUCCUGCUGGACCAUAUAUUUCAAAUCAAUAUCACUCUCAAGAUGGAAAUGGCCAAUACUCUUAUGGAUACAAUGAUCUUCUAUCAAACAAGGAGGAAGUUAAAUUAUUGGAUGGAACAACAAGAGGAUCAUACAGCUACAUUGAUUCAAACAACAUUGUUCAAAAGGUUAAUUACAUUGCUGACGGUAAUGGUUUUCGUGUGACUUCUGCAACCAAUUUGCCAAAACCUGUUGAAGCUCCAAUUUUCUCCACCCAAGACCUACCUCAACAAAUUCCUGAUACUUUUGAAGUUGCUGCAGCAAAAUCUGCUCAUUUUGCUGCUAUCGAAGAAGCUAAACAACGAUUGACGGGUGCUCAACAAAUUGUUCCAGUCGUAGUUGGAUUACCACAACAAGUUCAAGAUACACCUGAAGUUGCCAAAGCUAAGGCAGAACACUUGGCAGCCAUUGAAGCUGCUAAGAACCAGGGAAUUACAAUAAUUGGACUUCCACAACAAGUUGAAGACACUUUAGAAGUUAGCAAGGCUAAGGCAGAACAUUUGAUUGCCAUUGAAAAGGCAAAGUUGAGGAACAUUGGUACGAGUAGUGGUGAUAUUGUAGCCACUAAUAAUAAUAACAAUGCACCAUAUUAUUACUAUUAUUUGUACUAUUACUAUUAUUGAAUGUAACUUUUUAUACAAACAUUUUUGAUGAUUUAUAAUUUGG